GAAAUGGUAUUCCUUUAUUAUUAUAAUAAGCCAUCCAAACAACAUAAAUUUAUAGUAUUAAUAAGCAUUCAUUGAAACCACACGCCCUUGCUCGCAUGAGUUACCAUUUCUCCAUUUGAAGACUUGUAGUCCCAGGGCUCAACUUACUCUCUUACUCAAUUUUUUCCUUUCUUCCUCCAAAACCCACCAUCAUGGGAGUAGCCAAUAACAUAACAGCAGUUCUAAACUUCGUAGCCUUCCUCUGCUCAAUCCCCAUAAUUGCCUCCGGCACCUGGCUUGCCUCCAAACCCGACAACGAGUGCAUCCACUACUUCCGCUGGCCCCUCGUCCUACUUGGAAUCUUCGUUCUCCUUGUCUCCCUCGCUGGCUUCGUCGGCGCCUAUUGGUACAAGGAAACUCUCUUCGCAUUAUACCUCUGCUGCAUGGCCAUUCUCAUCGGACUUCUCUUGAUCCUACUGGUUUUCGCGUUCGUUGUCAUGCGUGCCGAUGGCGGGUACGAUGUUCCCGGGAGGGGUUACAAAGAAUACAGGCUGGAAGGAUUCUCGUCUUGGCUCAGAAAUCAUGUCGUGGAUUCCGAGAAUUGGAUGAAGAUUAGGAAUUGUCUGGCGGAGAGCGAUGUUUGUUCUAAGCUGAGUCAGAAUUAUCUCACUGCUGAUCAGUUCUUCAUGGCCCAUAUCUCCCCUCUCCAGUCAGGGUGUUGUAAGCCCCCAACAGUUUGUGGCUACAAUUAUGUGAACCCAACAUUUUGGUUAAACCCAACAAACCCAACAUCAGACCCAGACUGCUACUUGUGGAAUAAUGAUCAAAGCCAGCUCUGCUACAAUUGCAAUUCUUGCAAAGCUGGUUUGUUAGGGAACCUGAGGAAAGAAUGGAGAAAAGCAAAUAUCAUUCUUAUUGUGGCAGUGGUGGUGCUUAUAUGUGUCUAUCUCUUAGCCUGCAGUGCCUUCAAAAAUGCUCAAACAAAAGACCUUUUUCGCAGACACAAGUAGUGUUGGGCUUGAUCUUGCCAGAAACAUCCCCAUUCCUCGCAUUGUUGAUUCUGUUGUGCAAGUGUCCCUGUCAUUAGUGUAUAUAUUCCUUCUUUUUUUGUGCUUCGUUCUCUAGAAUUUUAUGGACCAACCGUGAACACUAAUUGGGGAACCCGUGCUUUUGAUUUGAUUACUUGUGAAGAUGAUAAUAGAAUUAGAAUCUCAAUUAUAUAUCAGCUUUCACGAGAA